AUGACAACCACCACUUCCGGUCCGUCUCGCUUUACGGCCCACCUCAGCCGGGCCGGCGCGAAAUUUGCGCUGGGCCUGUGGUGCAGUGCGGAGGGCGCGGGCGCCCGUGUCCCCCGCCCCGAGGCCGCUGCCACGCCAGCCGACUGCGUGGCCGCCCACUGCGGCAAGACCACCAAGUGCGGGAAGUCGCUGUUCCGUUUCCCCAGGGACCCGGCCGUGCGGCUGCUGUGGGCCCGCUUCGUGCGGGGCGGCCGCGCCGCCUGGUGCGGGGGCAGGGACCGCUCCGUCGUCGGCUCCGACCACUUUGCUCCCGCCUCUUUUGCCGUCUCUUGGGUUAUCCAGCAGAGCCUGCGCUUCUCCCAGCGCCCGAGGCUCGUGGCGGGCGCCCUGCCCACCCCGCGCCGGGUGUCCUCCCCGGCACCCAAGGGGGAAGAAGAGGGCCACGGAGCGGGCGGCCCUGAGAAGGGAGGAGAGCCCCAGGCAGGCAGGCAGCCCGAGGCUGCCCCCGGGCCAGCCCCCUGGACACUCCGCCGGGAAGAGGGCUGCGGCUUCGCAGGUCUGAUUGCCAGACAGACGCUCUUUCUGCAAUACCAACCUGCUUCCUGCAUUGGGAUUGCACAUAAAAAUCAAGUGAUACAAACAGAAGUCCCUGCUUAUAAUCUAUCUAAUGAUGUCACUUCAGUACCUACUCACUGUGAGGAAGGCCCAGUGCAUAAAAGUGCACAGAUUUCUCUGAAAAGGCCCCCUCUCACGCAGUGUGGGUAUUCAGGCCAAAGUGAGAGUGUUUGGAACACGACUAUGUAAUGCAACUACUCAGACUGAUGAAUUGUGGUCCAGAACUUCCUCUCUCCUUGACACUUACUCCAGUGACUCAGAAACAGAUGAGGACUGGAAUAUCAAGAGUGAUUUGUCUUACGUAGCUGUACAGGUAACAGAAGAAACCUAUUCAUGCAACAGCAAAUGAUUCGAUGUGAUAAAGAUUUUCAGAUCUUUGUUCACAUAAUUAUCUCUUUGCUUUUGUAAAUCUUUCACCUCAAGAUAAUUUGGCAGUUGAGUAACAGCAAAAUUUGUUUAGCUCUAAGGCAAAAAUUUGCCUGUCUGCCAAGGUAAUACAGGUAAUCCUGCCCACAAACCUCCCCACUCCCACUUUCACCUUUUUCUCUUUUUUCUUUUCGUCCUUUUGGUACAAAUCAGGGUAUAAAACAAAACCACAACAGCAUCAUUGCUAGAUCAAGAUUAAGCAUUGAAUAUUUAAGCUUAGUUCAGAGGCAACACUUGUAUGGGACUUAUUUGACAUUCACGAGUUAGAGUGUUACUGUUCUAGAUAAUUUGAAGAUGAAGGGCCUAAUAGCACAGCUAAGUCUGAUACUACUUAAUGAUUUGAGGGUAGAACCAGGACAUUUACCCUUGAUUAUUAUUUUCUAUGUUAUUUAUUUUUCAGUCUGUCCAAUUGUAUGUAAUACUAUUACAUCUAUGAAUCAGUCCGUGUGAGCAUUUCUGGUGACGCUAUGGCUUUUACAGAAAAAUUUCAAAGGGAAUCAACUUAAAUAGAGAUAGAAUUUCAUAUAUUUAGAUUACCUUGUUAAUGAAAUCUGUUUGUAUCAGUUCCUAUUACAACAAAUUAAUUAGUUUGAUUUAAUUUAGAUAGAAAUUAUUAACAUCAUGCAAAAAGAAGUAUUACAUUUCUAACAUAUCCCCAUUUUAGGAGUUAGGUUUUCCUCUCCCACUUUGGGAAAUAAGCUUCUGAAACUUAGCUGUCCCAUCUGCCAUUCACCAGGAAAAUUUCUAUGGCAAUUUUGUACCAUGAAGUAAUUUAUUACAGUGGCUUCUGAGAAACUUAUUAUAACUCUGAUCUUCUAUUGAAAAUAAUAAAAAUAAAUGUCCAUUUUACAUCUCACAUGUCCUGUUAGUUCUGCAUGAUUGGAAGAGCUUGCAUGCAUUUUAUCCUCAAAAGUUUAAAUAAUACACCAAAGUGAUUUUCUUCCAAAGCUAAUUUUAAUUAAUUAGCUAAUUUUAAUUAAUCUGACUUAAUUUGACCUGUAUAAUUUUAAUUAAAAAAUAAUAAAAUAAAGUAUUAAUAGAAGUUGUGAGCCUGAGCAAUGAUUAUAUAAACACAUAGCAUUAUUAUUAUUACUGCUGCUUUGGCUUGAAUUUAAGAUAACUAUUUUAUGUUUUAAGAGAGUGUUAUGUUUUAAAAUUAAGCAUAUAAAUCCUCUGGAACUAAAUGUUAUCAGGGGAGUACCUGUUGUCCCUUGACUUUUGGAACAGUGUAUCUCCUUAAUUCAAAUUAUAAUGAAUGUUAUAUGUCCAUUCAUCCCCAAAUUUCACUGCCAUGAGUCUACUUCAUUUCUAUAUGUUAAACAACUUUGACAGCCAUAACAGCACUGUUUUUUUUUUUUACUAAAAGUUAAUUUUAUUUUUCCUAUCAGUUGAAAAUUUAUAUUUGGUUGGUUGAGUCAUAUGAUUUUAUAAUGUACUGUGUAAUGUUUCACUGCCCUAAAGUAAAAUGAAAUACUGGCUGUAUUUUAUUUUGUUUAUUUUUUAAAAUGUUAAUGCUUUUUUUCCAGUUUUAUUGAGAUAUAACUGACAUACAGCACUGUAUAAGUUUAAGGUAUAAAGCAUAACAUUUAACUUACAUCAUGAAAUGUUUACCACAGUAAGUUUAGUGAAUAUCCAUUAUCUCAUAU